CUCCGCCUCUCGGUUCCCUGCUCCCUGGCUCUGCUGCCGGCCUCAUCCCUGUGGGGCUUGCGCGUCCCUCGGUGCCCUAAGCUCGCUGCCUGGGCACAGUCUCCGGUGCGGCCGUUGCCUCCGCCGACGGGCCCGACAACUCGGUAUAUUACCCGAUCUCCUCGCGCGACCCGGUGCUGCCCGCUGCCGCCCGCUGCCGCCGGCUCUGGCUCUCAGAACAAACCGAGCUGGACCCCCUUCCCUUUCUCUGCAGCCUGUGACGUAGCCGAUUUAUUUCUGUUUUGGGCGAAGACCCGCGCUGGGCCUUCUUUGUAGGGCUAGAUUUGGUCUUUGGUCUCUGAGAGGUAGAGCAAGGACGCCGGGCCCCUGACAGGAUCAUCUCCAAAGCCAGCCACGCUUCUGUCUGUGGCCACAGAACCUCUGCGUUGUCUUUAGCUCCUUGUUCUCUGUGUUUGCUUUUGGCUUUUGGCUUGUUUCAUUUGGUCCCUGGGGCGCUGAUAAAACCAGGUGCCGAAUAGCUCUUUCACAGCAAGAGUUACUGUAAUUUGCCGGCUUUCUCCUCCCGAAGGUGGACAGCUUAGCCUUCCCGCAGCUGGAAUUUGUAGAAUGUGCUGCAAGAUGGCUCCAUCAGCCAUUGCUUCUCUGAGUGGCUGUCAGUGCUGAGUCACGCGUCUGUCUACCUCAUUUGGGUGGGUAGGACUUGUGUGUACCAUGCAGUGGCUCCUGACUGCUCCUGAGUGGCAGGAGGGGUUACUGUACCCAUUGCGUUUCCUUGACACUCGGGUAGCAGAGUAGAAAGAGACUCUGGCCCCUAGGCUUGUGGCCACCCGCGGGAGUUGGUCAGCAGCCCCUCCAGUCACCUGAGUAAGGCAUGGUGCCACAACUAGGCAUUCUUCAAGAAAGGCUCAAUGGAGCAGACUCCUCUCUCUGGUUGGGGGCAGUUGUUUCUCACCAUGAGCUUUUCCUUAUCUCCUUCUUCGUCAGUUGCUGACAACUCUUGACUUAGGUCCAGGGUACAGAUGUGUGUAGUCCUUUCUGGGUUAGGUUUGUAGUAUUGAGUUUUGUUUCUUCCCCCUUUCUAUUGGAAGACAAACAGUAAUCACAGUGUGAGUGAAAUUGGUUCUCAUAUUUAUUACUAUUUGGGCUGAGGAUUAGAUUCUGCACCUUGGUGGCUGAAGACCACGCAGAGGGAGUUGUGGAGAUGGACAAUCUUCCUGGGGAUGCUGGGCCUGGAAGCCAGCACACCUUGCUCUAUUGUUGACCUCAUUGACUCCAGUUUCCUUUAUUAAAACUUAAGGACUGUGCCCAUCCGCGCAUUAAUCCUUAAGGCUGUGCCCCCUGGGGCACCCACAUGGCAGGGUCCACCACCAUGCGACUAAGCUCCCUGUUAGCUCUGCUGCGGCCAGCACUGCCCCUCAUCCUAGGGCUGUCUCUGGGGUGCAGCCUGAGCCUCCUGCGGGUUUCCUGGAUCCAAGGUGAGGGAGAAGAUCCCUGCAUAGAGGCUGUGGGGGAACCAGGAGGGCCACAGAAUCCAGACUCAAGAACUCAGCUAGAUCAAAGUGAUGAAGACUUCAAACCCCGGAUUGUCCCCUAUUACAGGGAUCCCAACAAGCCCUACAAGAAGGUGCUCAGGACUCGGUACAUCCAGACAGAACUGGGCUCUCGUGAGCGGUUGCUGGUAGCUGUCCUGACCUCUCGGGCCACAUUGUCCACUCUGGCUGUGGCUGUGAACCGCACGGUGGCCCACCACUUCCCUCGGUUACUCUACUUUACUGGGCAGCGAGGGGCCCGGGCUCCAGCAGGGAUGCAGGUGGUGUCCCAUGGGGACGAGCGCCCAGCCUGGCUCAUGUCAGAGACACUGCGACACCUUCACACACACUUUGGAGCCGACUACGACUGGUUCUUCAUCAUGCAGGAUGACACGUAUGUGCAGGCCCCCCGCCUGGCAGCCCUUGCUGGCCACCUGAGCAUCAAUCAAGACCUGUAUUUGGGCCGAGCAGAGGAGUUCAUUGGCACAGGCGAGCAGGCCCGGUACUGUCAUGGGGGCUUUGGCUACCUCUUAUCACGAAGUCUCUUGCUUCGCUUGUGGCCACAUCUGGAUGGCUGCCGAGGAGAUAUUCUCAGUGCCCGUCCUGACGAGUGGCUUGGCCGCUGCCUCAUCGACUCCCUGGGCAUCGGCUGUGUCUCGCAGCACCAGGGGCAGCAGUAUCGCUCAUUUGAACUGGCCAAAAAUAGGGACCCAGAGAAGGAAGGGAGUUCUGCUUUCCUGAGUGCCUUCGCCGUGCACCCUGUCUCUGAGGGCACCCUCAUGUACCGGCUCCACAAACGCUUCAGUGCUCUGGAGUUGGAGCGGGCUUACAGCGAAAUAGAACAACUACAGGCUCAGAUCCGGAACCUGACAGUGCUGACCCCCGAGGGGGAGGCAGGGCUGAGCUGGCCUGUUGGGCUCCCAGCCCCUUUCACACCACACUCUCGCUUUGAGGUGCUAGGCUGGGACUACUUCACAGAGCAGCACACCUUCUCCUGUGCAGAUGGGGCCCCCAAGUGCCCACUGCAGGGGGCUGGCAGGGCAGAUGUGGGAGACGUUGUAGAGACUGCCCUGGAACAGCUCAAUCGACGCUAUCAGCCCCGCUUGCGCUUCCAGAAGCAGCAGCUGCUCAACGGCUACCGGCGCUUUGAUCCAGCUCGGGGCAUGGAGUACACCCUGGACUUGCUCUUGGAAUGUGUGACUCAGCGUGGGCACCGGCGGGCCCUGGCCCGCAGGGUCAGCCUGUUGAGGCCACUGAGCCGGGUAGAAAUCCUACCUAUGCCCUAUGUCACUGAGGCCACCCGAGUGCAGCUGGUGCUGCCACUCCUGGUGGCUGAAGCUGCUGCAGCGCUGGCUUUCCUUGAGGCCUUUGCUGCCAGUGUUCUAGAGCCACGAGAACACGCAUUGCUCACUCUGCUUCUGGUCUAUGGGCCACGAGAAGGUGGCCGUGGGACCCCAGACCCAUUUCUUGGGGUGAAGGCUGCAGCGGCUGAGUUAGAGCGACGAUACCCUGGGACGAGGCUGGCCUGGCUUGCUGUGCGAGCAGAAGCCCCCUCCCAGGUGCGACUCAUGGACGUGGUCUCUAAGAAGCACCCCGUGGACACUCUCUUCUUCCUCACCACUGUGUGGACAAGGCCUGGGCUGGAAGUCCUCAACCGCUGCCGCAUGAAUGCCAUUUCUGGCUGGCAGGCCUUCUUUCCCAUCCAUUUCCAGGAGUUCAACCCCGUCCUGUCACCACAGAGGUCACCCCCAGGGCCUCCGGGGUCUGGCCCUGACCCUCCAUCCCCUCCUGGUGCUGACCCUUCCAGAGGGGCUCCUGUGGGGGGCAGAUUUGACCGGCAGGCAUCUGCGGAGGGCUGCUUCUACAAUGCUGACUACUUGGCAGCCCGAGCCCGGCUGGCUGGUGAACUGGCAGGUCAGGAAGAGGAGGAAGCCCUGGAGGGGCUGGAGGUGAUGGAUGUUUUCCUCCGGUUCUCAGGGCUCCACCUCUUUCGGGCCGUAGAGCCAGGGCUGGUGCAGAAGUUCUCCCUUCGGGACUGCAACCCGCGGCUCAGUGAGGAACUCUACCACCGCUGCCGCCUCAGCAACCUGGAGGGGCUGGGGGGCCGUGCCCAGCUGGCCAUGGCGCUGUUUGAGCAGGAGCAGGCCAAUAGCACCUAGCUGCUCCACAGCUCUAACCUUGUAUUUCCCUGGGUCUGCCUGAGCCUCAGGAAAGGCAAGGCAGGGUGAUGGACAGAUGGAGGGCUUGUCGCUGUAUUUUUUUAACAAAACGUUAUUAAAAGUAUCUUCUGCCAAA